GGCACUUCCGGAACGUCACUAAUGACACGUAUUCAAAAUGGCGGCCGCGGAUAUGGUGAGUGUAAAAGCGAAGUCUUUUUCUUCUAACUACACCGCUGUCAUCCUGUCUGUCUAAGUAAAGUUAGAAUCGGGACUGUACGUGUGACAGAGGAAAGGUGUGUCUCCGUUUAUCGACACUGUAGUUACCUUAUCCCGGGUCACGUUAGCGCCGUUAGCUGUAGUCUGACGGUCCGGCUAACUGCCUGCUGUAGCUUCAGUUAGCUAGCUGUGGUUUCCUAGCUUCAGUGUAAGAGAGCUGAGAGGAAGCUGACUGAUCACUAUGAUCGAUUAGAGUGACCAGUGUGAUCACUGUGAUCAAUGUGAGGGUUACAAAAACGAGCUGACAUUGCCUGAAAGCUGCUGUUAGACUGUCAUAAGAGGCACGGAAGAGAAGAGAGAGACCGGCGAGACGAAGUUUGUUAACGUUAGCAGUUAGCAUCAAGGUCCGAUAGAAGCUACAGAGUUAAACUGCGUUAAAAUGAGAGGACACUUCUCUGUGGGCUUAAAUAAGGUAAAAUGAGAGGAGACUUCACUGUGGACUUUAGUGAGUUAAAAUGAGAGGAGACUUCUCUGUGGGCUUAAAUAAGGUAAAAUGAGAGGAGACUUCACUGUGGACUUUAGUGAGUUAAAAUGAGAGGAGACUUCUCUGUGGACUUAAGUGAGUUAAAAUGAGAGGAGACUUCUCUGUGGACUUUAGUGAGUUAAAAUGAGUGGAGACUUCUCUGUGGACCAUAGUGAGUUAAAAUGAGUGGAGACUUCUCUGUUGUCUUAAAUGAGUGAAACUCAGCUAAAACAAGUUAAACUGAGUUCCACUAAGUUAUCAUGAGAAGAGACUUUUCUGUGGACUUAAGUUGUCCUAAAUGACUUAAACUCUGUUAACAAAAGUUCAAUUUAGUUCCACCAAGUUAUCAUGAGAAGAGACUUUUCUGUGGACUUAAGUGAGUUAAAAUGAGAGGAGACUUCUUUGUGGACUCAAAUGAGUUAAAUUCAGUUGUAACAAGUUAUCAUGAGAAGAGACUUGUCUGUGGAUUAUAGUGAAUUGAAUUAAAUGAAUAUGAGACAUGACUUCUCUGUGGACUCAAAUGAGUUUAACUCUGUUAAAAAUGAGUUAAACUGAGUUCCACUGAGUUAAAAUCAGAGGAGACUUCUUUGUGGACAAAAACGAGUUAAGCUCACGCAGGUUAUUCAAAUCAUUUUAACUAACUCCAAUCCAAAAACUGAUGUAAUUGUAAUUGUUGUUUGUACUUGUGAAUUAUUUAGUGUGUAAUCUCGCCCAUUGGUGAACCCAUUUGUUUUUGCACCAUUUUCAGACAUGUCACCUGCAAAAAACAAACAAAAAAACAGAAGCUAAACACAUUUAUACAGUGUCACAAAGGGCUUCACAGAGACAACAUAUACAGACAUUUAAAAAAAAAAUCAGGGGGUAAGAUGUUGACAAAAGCCAUGGUUAAAAGCAAUAAUGUAGAACACAGAUUCCCAGGCGAUAAGGUCAGUAAAACACUGUGCAUUAAAGACUGUACAGAUAAUUAACCAAAUACCUGUCUAGACUGUAUGCUUUGGAUAGCUUUUUGAUAAGCUGUUAAAAGCACAGCUGUCUGCCUCAACAAAGAGGCUGAGCUGACUGGGAUCCCCUGAGGGUAAUACACUUGCUAUUGAUAAAUACCUCAUAAAACACAUGUUGACUGCUUUAUUUUUAUCCAUGUGGCUCUAAGUUCUCUCUGUUGCUCACUCACAGACAGCACAUUCACUCAGACACCUCUUCUCUCUGCUCCAGUCUCCUCUGUUUCUGCUUAUCAUCACACUCCUGUCUCACCCUUUGUGAUAUGAACACAAGGGAACACCAGGGAAUCAACCCUUCCUGCUGUCUUGUUCUUGGCUAUUUGUUAAAGUUGGUCUGAAUGUUGCAAAGGAUGAAAAAUAUUAAUAAUUGUCUGUAAAAUGUUAGCUAUGGAUCUACUGGCACAGACGGACUCCCUCUACUCCUGCAGCACACAUGUUUCUGAAAACCUGUGACUUUUAAAACCAACCUGUACCCUCCACUGGUAUUACACAAACUGUCGUGACCUUGGGUCCACAGCUGAGAGUAGGACUCUUCACCUCUUGUUAAGUACCUGUCUCAUCCACAUGCACUCAUUGAAAGUGUCCUUGAGUGAACCUUAAACCCUUGUUGCCUUGCACUUAACCUCCCUGGCAUUUGCGUAUGAGCCUACAUUAGGGUGAAAGAUGAGUAAAUUACAAAGCAAUUAGACCAACAGAUUUCAGCCCAAUCACCAUGAAACUCUCUAUUCCAACCUUGGAGUGGAUUUAAGUGGAAAUUAAACAGAUUUCAACCCUUCUGUCUCUGUGAGAAUGUGGAAAAACUCAUUUAGUCUAUGCAUUUUCUCUUUUCCUCUACAGAAUUGGUUGUUCUUUUUCAUCACUUGAACUGAAAUGAGUCAGAGUUGGUGUCCCAGAGAACCUAUAGACUAUUUCAAAGGUGUACUCAGACAUUAACACCACUGUCAAAUAAUGGUUCUGUAUCUGUGGCUUUAUGUUUAGUGUGGUUGUCUGGCAGGAUAUUACAUUUUCCUGGCAUGAAGGGAGAUUUAAUAUCCUGUAAUGCUGCAUAAAGACAGACUGUUACAACGGCCUGUAUAGGGGUGUGGGAUAUUGACAAAAAAUAAUAGUGGGAUAGUUUUGGGAUUUUGCUCUGAGGGAUGAUGGACAGUAUUUUUUUAUCCCUCAAUCAAUGUGCGAAAUAAUGCUUGUCAAAGUCAUGUAUUAAUUUACAAGCUAUUACGGGUAGGAGAAAAAAAUCGAUAGAGCGUAGAAUCGUGAUGUUUUGUCUGGUGAUAUAUCAUAUGGUCUCAUUUACCAAGUACCGAUUUAUUUUAAAUCAACUGCUAAUUUGAAAUCAAAUCUAUGAUAAUGGAACAAGCAAAUAUGGAUUUUUUGGGGCUGAUGCCGAUAUUGUAUUAUUAAAAAAAUCGGCUGAUUUUUUAAAUUUUUUUAUAAAGUUAUAAAAAAAUGUAUAUACUGUAGAUAUGUACAGUAUACUAUAUACUGUAGAUGUAUGUAGACAUAUAUGUAGACACACCGACGGGAAGACCAACUGAUCAAACUCGGACCAGAAAAGCAUUCUCAAUUUUAUUUCUGAAAAUAUCUGCGAAAAUCGUUGAGUUUUGGCCAAUUAGUCUCAAAGGGGCUAAAAUUGGCCAAUUGAAUCAACUCGCCAAUAAAUCGGUUGGGCUCCAGUGUAAAUAAGACUAACAUAAAGGAAGACAAAUGCUAAAUAAGCAAAACAGUUGAAAAAGUGUAUAAAUUGCAAUAUAUAGUAUCGCAAUACUCACUGUAUUGCAAAAUGUUAAAAUCGCAAUAAUAUCGUAUCAUGGGGCCACCAGUGAUUUCCACCCCUAUGAGCCAUUACUUUGAGUUAGCUGGUUCUUGUUAAUAUCUACUUAGAUGUUGACUGACGGUAUUUGAAUGUAACACUUGCUUGUCUGUGUCACUGAUGAGAGUCUGACUGUUAUGUCUGGACACCUGUUUCCAUUCUUGUCAUGAGGCACUCCUUCGCAGAAUGACUUUGUCAGAGUUCGUGAGUUUGUUUUAGUUUUGUUGGUUCUUCAGCUAGUCAGCCCCAGUUGAAUGCUGACCCCCGUAGCUCGUCAUAUUCUUCAUAUUCUGUGUGAUGGUUAGUUCACAGAUGAAAAAAACAACGGCAGUCUCUGUCUGACACAGUCUGCGGAUCAAGUAUUGUCUGCCUUUUUGAAGCCAAACCUCCUCCAUAUGAGUAAACUUCAACUUUAAACUUCAACCAUGCAGACAGUGACUUCAGCUUAGCUUGAGGUGUUAUUGGCACUGCAUGUUCUCUCAGUGAGUAACGGCAGUGUCGUAUUCAGUCAAUGUGUGUAGACUCUCAAGGGGCAACGUGCCCGUUAUUGUCUGGUCAUUAAAACAACAAUGAAGAUUUUGAGGAUUUUGUUUCUGGCUUUCUGCCAUGAAGCUGCAAGGGCUGAACCACUUUGAAACAGGUGAAUGUAUGCACAGUUUGUUUAAUCUGUGCUUCAUGGUCUUUAAACCUCCCUUAAAAUCAACAGGCCACAACCUGUAAGACUGAGGAGAAGUUAGAGAUUUCUCCUCUCAGGGAUACAGCAAACCAAACUAUCUAUACAGCUGAGUGGUUUCAGUGCUUUGGAAAUACUGUGGGGUGAGAACGUUUGGGCAACCUUAACAAAAGUUGUUGUUUGCUUCUCACAUAUUUUAUGACUCAGAGGAAUAGAGACAUUUUCAGCAUAAAAACCAAAUCAAGACAGAGAGGAAAGUAAACCCCUGUGUGUGGGGGGGUAUGUUGUUCACUCGGUUGUUUUUGAAAGAGUCUGAAGGUAGUUUAUGAAAGUGUGGUUUCUGAAGGAAGAACUGAAACCUCACUCUAUCAGUUCUUCUCUCUAUAUAGUCUGAUAAGUGUUUGAAAUGAACAGUAACCUUGUCCUCCAUCAUUUCGCGCAGCUGAACAGUUUGUUCUAAAGCCUCUUGUCUUUUAAAUGAAUCAUAAAUGUCAGCAGGUUAAAACAACCACACCAUCCGACGCCCCUGCAGCUCUGAAAAUCUACAGAGUAGAUGGUAAAUCGUGGUGAUCAGUGCAACAUCAGCUCUUUCACACAUUUCCUGACUGUUUGCGCCCAAGAUGUCAGUAAUAAUUCAUGGUAAACCCAGAACAAAGACUGAGCUGGCAGCGCUGCAGCUGAGUGAACACAGUCACAGUUUUAGAGGUCCCAGCAGUUCAGGAACAAAGGCGUUACAGGUGUCUGUGAGGACAUAGUAACUAUCAUGUACGGUGGCCCUAAAGGUAACUGCACAGACCUUAAAUGAUCUCCAGAUAAAUACCAGCAACACACAAAAACUUCACUGAACUCCAAAAGUUAUUGUAUCAGAUCGAAAACACUUCACAAUCACAUACUUUUGAAAUAUUUUUGUUUAAAAACAUGAUUUUUUUGCAUUUCACAAAAUAUUUUUGCGAUAAAAUAUAAAUGUGUUUGAUGAAAUGUUUUCACUUCUAGUGGAGUGUUUUUUUUUUUGUGUCAGUGAAACAUCUUUUUGAUUUCAUUAUUAUUUUAUUGUUGUUUUUUGUGCCACAAAUUUUAGCGUUACCUAAUGCCACGUGUUUGAUGAGAAUUUUUUGCAUUUUGACGUAUUUGUUAAGUUGACUUUCAAAGGGUAGCUGAAGUUCAGGGAGUAUAAAUGUGUUCCACUCACUUGUUUAAUGACCUUUAGAAUUAGCUCUAAUGUUGCUCACUCGUCAUGUGCUAUUUGUUUAUGUGUGUGUGUGUGUGUGUGUGUGUGUGUGUGUGUGUUUGACUGUGUGUAUUGCAGGAGACGUGGUGGGCCUUGCUGCUGUUGUCCUUGUUGCCUGUAGUCCAGCCUUUCUAUGUUCCUGGAGUCGCUCCCCGGGAUUUUCACGACGGUGAUACAGUAGAUAUUAAGGUAAGAGGAAAGCUGUCUCAGUCAUCAAGAGUUCAUUGAUUCACAUUUAUCAAACAAGUUUCUGUGAGUUUGUGUCCUUACUGGGUCAGAAAUACCGCUGUGACAGACUUUAACUUUACAAAGUCACACACAGACCAUAAAACUAACUGUGACAAGAGGCUGAUAGAAACAGAGGACAGUGUCUGCUGUCUGACUCUGCCUGUCAGUCAGUCAGUCAGUCCUGCUGGCUGCUGACAGAGGGAGAUGCUCCAUGGUGGGCCGAGGUUUUAUUAAAGACUUAAAUCUUCCUGUUGCCUUUGAGAAUCUCACAGCUGCUGACAGCUCCCAAUAAUGUGCACGCUCUGUGUUGAUUUAAUUAAAUAUUUCAGGCAGUGAAGCUGACCAGCUCCCGCACACAGCUUCCUUAUGAAUACUACUCCCUGCCUUUCUGUAAGCCUGGAGCUGUCUUCUACAAGGGAGAGAACCUGGGUGAGCAGACUGAACACGCAGAAAUUCUUUCAUCCGCAUGAAUAAAUAGAUAUAUUUAUAUCCUUUCUCAUGGAUGUGUAUGUAUUCCCACCCUGUAGGUGAGGUGUUGCGUGGGGACCGUAUCGUGAACACUCUCUACAAUGUGGCGAUGACCAAGGACAAGAAAUGUGAGCUGGUGUGUAACAAGAAAAAGCUGAGCAUAGACGAGAGCAAGCUGGUCGCUGAGCGAAUCCAGGAGGAGUAUUAUGUUCACCUGUGAGCAUUCCUUCAUAAUCAUACUGAUAUAAUCCCAUCAGAAAACACACGUCACUGAUUUGAACUGACUCUGUUGGUACUUUGUUUCAUGUGUUGUUAAAAUGUAGUUUCUUAAGUUGAUACAAUCCUUUUUUUUUCUUUUUUUCAAAGUUAGCAUGAUUCUUACUGAGAAUAAUCUCUAACCUGUCUCUGUGUCUUUCAGUAUUGCAGAUAACCUUCCAGUCGCCACCAGGUUGGAGUUUUAUCCCAACAGAGAGGCAGGAGGGGAGGAGGAGCAGAAGAAGGACAUUGUGAAAGAUAUCCAGUUUGAACACGGUUACAGACUGGGCUUCUUUGACAACAAUAAGGUGCGUGUUUAAUUAAGUCCUUAAAUGCUUGCUCUUCCUGUUUUUAUUAAAGUGCUAUGUAAAUAAAGUUAAUAUUAUUUUAAGUCUGACUGACCUGAUGCAGAGUUUACUGGGGUUGAGUGCAGUUAGAGAGACUUGAGUUGCACCGUUUUAAACCCCCACAGACCUUUUUGGCCAAAGUUCAGAUAGUUUUAGUUGUGUCACAUUUUAUCAGAUUUCUGUAUUUGUUUUGUUUUCACUCUCCUGACUGGUGUGAUGGUAAGCAGGACUUAGCUGCAAAAAAAGAGAAGUCAAAAAUAUCCAGACCAAAAAAGUUUAGGCUUCAAAAUCCUUUUAAGUGUUUAUUUUCAUUAUUUUUAAUAGAUUUGUAAUCUGUCAAAUCUUUGAACUCCUGAGAUUUUGAUAAGCGUGAAUAAAAUAGGUCCAGAUUUCUUUAUUAUAAGUCCAUUAAGAAGUUAUAAUAUCUCUUUUUUCUCUCCUUCAGUUUUAUCUGCACAAUCACCUGUCCUUCAUCCUGUACUACCACAAAGAGAAGCUAGAGGAGGGGGACGUCCAUAACUACAGGGUGGUGCGGUUUGAGGUCAUUCCCCAGAGUGUAAAAGUAGAAGGUAGGUGUGAACGUGCUCUGAAGGAUUUCCCAGAGUUAUAUAAUGUUUCUGUUUCAGAGUCACAGUAAUUUAAAACUGUUCAGGAAUAAAAACUCUGGUGAAGCUCAAAGGUGUUGACCCUGGGUACGUGUUCUCGUUCUCAGAUCUGAAAGCUGUGGAAAAUGAGAGGACGUGCACGCUGCCUGAGGCCAGUGGCUCCGCCCCUCAGGAGAUCGACCCCAACAAGGAGAAUGAGGUCCUCUUCACCUACUCGGUGCACUGGGAGGUCAGUGACUGCUGCGAGGACUCUCUAUGACGUGAAACAGCCUGUAAUCAUGAGUCAGACCACCAUAAACCCCCCCCAAACAGCUGUGUUUGACUGGAUUAGUUAGACUCCAGCACAUCUUUGGCUAACUGGUAGUUUCUUACAGUUGUUUUACAGGUAUAAAAGGAGUAGGGAGGGGGAGGUGAUAUGCAGCAAAGGUUUACACCCCUGAGUCGAGCAAGCAGCCAUUAAGAUGAGGGCUUUAGCUUCUGUAUACUGAGGGAAUUACUCCUGUAAUCAUCUCAAAGCUUUUUCCGUCUCUAAACUGAAGAUCUGUCCUUCAUUCAGAUCCAGCCAUGUGCAAUCAGUUCAUGUGCAACAGUCCAAAUAUUUAGAGAGUGAGUCACAGACGUUAAAGCAUAGAGGGGACAUGAUAUAUUUCCAGCUUUCUGGGACAUGUAGGUUUGGAAAACAUGAAUGAAUGUGGGGAGACGAAGGCUGAGGCUCUUGUCGUGUCUCUACAGGAGAGCGAGGUGAAGUGGGCGUCUCGAUGGGACACCUACCUGACGAUGAGCGACGUCCAGAUCCACUGGUUCUCCAUUGUCAACUCCGUGGUCGUCGUCUUCUUCCUGUCUGGUAUGUCUGUCACCUCUGGCUUGUUGAAGACUCCUCACAGUGGAGAAAAUGUAAAAUAUGAAAGUUUGUUUGAACUUCUCUGAAACCUAGAAUUGAACUGUGAACCUGAAGUAUUAAAACAUUUUCUCUCAUACAUAAAAAUCUGAGUGUUACGAUGGUCUGAUGAUGGUGCAUUGAGGUGUCUGUCUCUGUAGCUGACAUCGUUUCCUCUCCCUCAGGUAUUCUGAGUAUGAUCAUCAUCAGGACUCUGAGGAAGGACAUCGCCAACUACAACAGAGAGGAUGACAUUGUAAGAAAAGAAUGAAAUCAAACAUGUUUACUGUCUGAUGUUGUACAGGUAUAAAUCGAAAAUCUGAAAAUUAACAAUAGUGAGAUCAUGGUCAGCAAAAGUUUUGGCGCUGUGGGCAGGUGGUAAGUCCCGCUGGAAGAGGAAAUCUCUUAUCUCCAUAAAGCUUCUCAGCAGGUGGAAACAUGAAGGUCUCUAAAAACUCCUGGUAGACUUCAGACUGUGCUGACUCUGGACUUGAUAAAUCUCUUUUCUUUGACUCUGACUUUAGGAUAAUAAGAAUAGUUGAACUAAUUUCUAUUUUUCUGUUUCUGUCUAUUUCUAAUUUUAAUGACUGUGUUUGCUCCUCUCUAACAGGAGGACACAAUGGAGGAGUCCGGAUGGAAGAACGUCCACGGGGAUGUCUUCAGGCCGCCUCAGUAUCCCAUGAUCCUCAGCUCUCUGCUGGGCUCAGGCAUCCAGCUCUUCUGCAUGGUGCUCAUCGUCAUCUGUGAGUCGGUUUCUUUCGUUUACUCAUCAGGGUCGUUUCAGUGUUGAUUUUUUUUGUAUCAUGUUGUUUACUGACUGUUGUUUUUAUGUUUGAAACAUUUGUGAACAGCUAAGAUGAAUUAGGACUGUAAACUCGAACCAUAACCCCCCUCCUUCUGUUCCUGUGUGUGUCACAGUUGUAGCCAUGUUGGGCAUGUUGUCCCCAUCCAGCAGAGGAGCCCUGAUGACCACAUCCUGCUUCCUCUUCAUGUUCAUGGGGUAAGAACUCAGAGUGACCCCUCUGAUCCUCCUUCAUGAAGUCACAGAUAAAGCAGGGACACGUGUUUGACUUCGGCUGUACUGAUUCUUCCUGUGCUGUUUGUCCUGUAGCGUGUUUGGUGGUUACUUUGCUGGCAGACUUUAUCGCACACUGAAGGGCCAUCGGUGGAAGAAAGGGGCUUUCUGUGUAAGUCAGUCAUGACUCACUCUGACCUUUGAACCUCUGCUGGCACUAUUUUCAGCACAACUGACUUUAUUGACAUUGUAUGAACACAACAUACACCAGUCUCCAAAGACAUGACUUUAAAUCCAUCAGCUGUUAGGAUAUGACCACCGACAGGUAAAGUAAAUAUCUCCUAACAGUGACACCUGUCAGUGGAGCAUGUUCGGCAGAGCUUGAACAUUUUGUCCUUGAGUUUGUGAAAAAACGGAAAGCAUAAACAGCAAGAAAAAGUGUGAUGGUUAGGUAAGCUCGGGGGGAGAGGGGGGAUUUGUUCCUGGUCUGCAGAGGUUAGUACAAGGGAACAGAAAUUUAAAUUCUGAAAGGAGACUGAACGCUUAGAGCAUCAGUUUGUUGAGCUGCUGACCUACACGUUAUCAGGCAGUACCUCUCACUGAUAGACACCAGAGUGUGUUAUUAGUGAACACUUCUGUUCCUGAAAUGUCUGUGAACUCAGGUGUCUGUGUCUGUGUCCCUGCAGACGGCGACUCUGUAUCCUGCUGUGGUUUUUGGGAUCUGCUUCAUCCUUAACUGUUUCAUCUGGGGGGAGCACUCCUCUGGAGCGGUGAGUAUAAGACAGUCAACAUACACUCAGACUGGGUUAACAACAUGACGUGGAUGAAUUAGUUUGGAUCAUCUGUCAGAGUUAAACAUAUCCAGAGUCUGCUCAGUCUGUCCUGACCCUACCCUCCCCACUCUCAUCCCCCUGUAGGUCCCCUUCACCACCAUGCUGGCUCUGCUCUGUAUGUGGUUCGGUAUCUCCAUGCCCCUGGUCUACCUUGGAUACUACUUUGGCUUCCGUAAGCAGCCUUAUGAUAACCCAGUCCGCACCAACCAGAUCCCCCGACAGGUCCCCGAGCAGCGCUGGUACAUGAACAAGUUUGUGGGGUGAGUGUUUUUUUUUUGUUUUUUUUUUCAGGCUCUGUAUCGUCGUGGUUUAAACCUCUCCCUCGGGUUUCUGAUGAUUGAAUGUGUCCCCCUUUAAUCUCCAGGAUCCUGAUGGCUGGGAUUCUUCCGUUUGGAGCCAUGUUCAUCGAGCUCUUCUUCAUCUUCAGUGUGAGUACAAACACUCAGAGUGUGUCCUGACUAGACCUUUUAUUUAAAUCUGUACUUUGUUUGUGUGCAGAUCUGCUCCUCUGUCUGGAGCUUAGUGUCAGAGAAAGUUUAAAAGUUAAUCGUAGAUGUCAGUGAUUUUCAUCCCAGCUCACUCAGUAAUGUCAGAAUGUGUGUGUGUGUGUGUGUCUCCCCCUGCAGGCCAUCUGGGAGAACCAGUUCUAUUACCUGUUUGGCUUCCUGUUCCUGGUCUUUAUCAUCCUGGUGGUGUCCUGCUCUCAGAUCAGCAUUGUGAUGGUCUAUUUCCAGCUCUGUGCAGAGGUGAGUUCAGACCAGCUGAGAGGGGCUGUGAGCAGAGCUGCAGACUGACUGACCUUAAAUCAUGAAGCAGGAAAUGGAGGAUUUCCUGCUGUGAUUUCUGAAAGCUUUUCCCCUUUUAUUGGACAAUGUCUCUUCUUUUUUGAAGGAUAACAUAAACGGUGUCAUUUCCUCUGUCCUCACGCUGUUCCUCUGUGUUUCUCUGUCAGGACUAUCGGUGGUGGUGGAGAACAUUCCUGGUUUCAGGAGGCUCAGCGUUCUACGUCCUUGUUUAUGCAGUUUUCUACUUUGUCAACAAGGUAAUACAGAUAUAUUUUGACUUCAAGUUCUAGCAAACACCUCUGUCAAAUAACUUUAUAAGACAGUAUAAGCAAGACAGUAUAAGCUUAAACAAUAUUUUAUUGAUCAAUACAAGAUAAGCACGUAUGAAAUAGGAUAGGAGAAGAAGUAAAAUGAAUAAAUAAAAAUAAUUUAAAAAUCAUGGAUAUCAAGGUUACACAGGAUAUAAAUACAUAAAAAUAUAUUUUUGAAACUUAACUCACGUAUUUUCCCAGAAAAGUCAGUUUUCACGUCAGUUGAUAUCAGAAAUAUAAAGCUGUAUUGUAAUUAUUUAGUAAUACUUCACCUUCAGCACAUUACAAUAAAAUAUCUACAGUGGAAACACUGGUGCAGAUAACAGCACGUUACUCUGUGAAAAUGUGUCUUUCACAAAAAGUUAACUACGGAGGCCCUGAAGGUCAACUGAGCAAGCAUUUCUUCAAACAUACAAAUAUUCUAUUAAAUACAAAAAUAUCCCACAACAUAGAAGAGUGUUUCAUGAAACUAAAAUAUUUGAUAAAAACACAAAAUUAUAAGGAACUGCUUUUAAAAAAAAUGCACAAACAUUCGAGAGAAACCAACAUUUCACAGAUUUAAUUUCAAAAUAUUUUUGUGUAAACGGACCUAUUUCUUUUUAAGCUCUUACCAUACUUAAAUGUUUGAUCAUUUUUUUAUUUCUGGAAAUAUUUUUGGUGUUUGGGGACUUUUUUUUUGUGCAUCACAUAAAAUCCAAUAUUUUCAUUUUUCAUGAAGCAUUUUUGUGUUAGAUAAAACCUUUUUGGCUUCAGGGAAAUGUGCCUUUUUUAUUUUUGGCAUUCAGUGCCGUGUUUUGUAAGGUCUCUAAAUGUUUGUGCAGUUGACCUUCAGGGCCUCCAUAGUUUAUGGAGACUUUUUCAUCUUGAUAACGUUUGAUUCACACCUUACUCAGGAGCUAAGAUCAUUAUCCUGACAGGUUAAUGAAACCAGAGCAGAAAGGCUGUGUUACUCAGAGAGCUUCUUUGAAUCCCAUCUGUUCAGUCUGUAUUUUUGAAGUAAUUUUUACACAAAGCACCGAUAUCAGGAGGUAAAUAAAAUCAGUGCAGAGACUAAACCCUCCUCUUCACCUCCCCUCCUCCUCGUCCUCCUCAGCUGGACAUCGUGGAGUUCAUCCCCUCCCUGCUGUACUUCGGUUACACCGCUCUCAUGGUCCUCUCCUUCUGGCUGCUGACGGGGACGAUCGGCUUCUACGCCGCCUACAUGUUCAUCAGGAAAAUCUACGCCGCCGUGAAGAUCGACUGAUCGCUGCUGCCGCUGCUCCCCUCCUUCUUUCCUAUUUUCGUCACACUCAGUUUUUCUGUUUAAUGUACAUAUUUUUUAUUCUACGUGUCCUACAAGCACUGACUUGUGUGUGGAGGGAACAGGCAGGGCUGCUUUUUACGGCGUUUCAGCCCCCCCUACUGGCCUCAUGAGGGAGAACAGCAGGGUUUCAGUGCUAAGCCGGCUGUUUGUCUCACCCUCUCCCACCCCCCUUUGCUUCAGUCCCCCCUCCUCCUUCCAGGACAGAGACCCAGAGGACCACCCCCCUCUGAUGGGACUGUUUCUCCUGCACACAGCACAGCGGGCCAAAGCUUGUCAAAAAAUUCUGCACCUUUCUCUUUUUGUUUGUUAAUUUAUCAGGUUUUUAUUUCUCUCUCUGCCGUCUCCUCCUCCUCCUCCUCCUCUCUCCAUCUCAUCUGUCCUUCCUCCUCCUCCUUUUCUCUCUGCUUUGAGAAGUCCUCCUGGUCCCCUGAGCUCAAAGGUGGACAGGGAGUCUAAGUGUGGCGUUCUUGUUAUUGUGUUGGACUGAUCUGAUGGGAAUUAUGUCGGGAAGUUGUUCAGUGUAAGAACAGAGCAGAUAAAUUAAAUGUACUGUUGUUUUUUUACUCUAUUUCCAUGUCUCUGGUGUGACCAUGUUAAACAGCUGUCCUCAGAGUAUCAGCUCUCUUAUCACCACAGCUCGGAGCGUGACGGACUGAAGCCGAGGAGGAUGCUGAACGAUGAAGAGCUGCAGAGAGGAUGAGGAAGAGGACUGAAACACUGACACUCGCUGUGGUCGUAGCAUUAGCAGAGCCGCUGAUCUCUGCAGUAUGCAAAGAAAGAGCAAACUGAUUAUCCUACGGACCGUUUCUCUGAGUGUGUGUGAAUCUAAUGUUCUCUACAUGUUUGUCUUUAACAUGAAGAAUGAUCACUGACAGGCUGCAGGGUCACCUGUCAGAGUUUCUACCUGUGCAGGUAGAGCUCAGCGUGAGGCUGUGUGGGCGGAGUCAGAGCAGUGAAGUGAAACCUUUAUGUGUUCUUUUCAGAUCUGUACAGUCAGUGUUUGUGCACUCUGAUGCACAUACUCCUCAGUUACUGCGUUUUCUUUACUAAUGAUAGUCUGGAGUUUUAUUCAUGUGACUCUGAUUUUCUCUAUUUUCAGCAGAAUUACCCAAACCUGCUUUUAAAGGGUGGGCUGAACCUGAUGAAAUGAUUGUUAGAGCCAACACAGCUGUAAUACUAAGGCUGAAAUACAAAAAAUCUAGUAUAAGUCAAUCAAACUGCAUAGUAAUCCUAAUCACAGAGAGUCCAUUUUAAGCCCAAUGUCCAAAGUCCAAUUUUAGUCCAUUUUUAGUCCAAAUCCACAUUUAGUCCAAUGUUUGAUCACAUAAUCUGAUUUAAUCUCUGGAGAGACUAACAGUUUCUGUCUGAAACACCAGGGUGAAGUUUUUAUCUGGGUAUGAAACUGCUGCUUUUUUUAAGACUUAAAAAAGCAAAGAAGGACAGAGAAAUCUUUUCUUCAUUGUGGUUUUUUAACACCCAGAGCUGCUGUGAGUGGGUGGUGUCAAAGGAGAGACUUUACAGCACACCUGAGGGAACACCGGAGCGAUACACAUGGUUGUGAAAAAAUACCAGGAUGAAACUUUUCAUUGUAAAACACCAUUUUACACAAUAAUCAGCAAGCGGUAGUCUUUUGUCCAUAGGGGGCGCCAGAGUCGAAACAACACGUUCCUCAUGGCAGCUUUAAUGCUGUCAUACGAGCACAUCCAAUUGUCAAAGACACGACAACCCUGAUUCCAGAAAAUUUUGGACACUGUGUUAAAUAUGUAUGAAGACAGGAUUUGAUGGUUUAUGAAUCUUGUAGGUUAUUUAAGAAUAAAGCCAAGAAUAGAUCAGAUGUUGAGACAUAAAAAAUGUUUUUAAUGAAAAAUUGAUCUGCUCAUUUUAAAUUUGACAUCUGUCAAAAGUACUUCUUAAUGUGUGUCAUCAUCAGCUCAUUUUCCCCAACUUCCUGUAAACCUUAGUGAACCUAGCUGACCAGUUUCUGGAGUUUUUUAAAGUGAAGAGUUGUCCCAUUCUUGCCUGAUAGAGGAUCAGUCCAGGGUCUCCUUCUUCAAUGGGGGACAGGUCAGGAUUGAGGCAGACCAGUUUAUUAACAGGACUCUUCUACUACAGAGCCAUGCUGUUGUAAUCCCUGCAGAAACUGGUUUGUCAUUGUCUUGCAGAACUAUGAAGGUCAUUGUCUGGAUGUCAGCAAACCAUCAUACUCUGUUAUCAUUUUACACGGUGUCCUAAGUCUUCAGGAAAUUGGGGUUGUUUGUUGUCGAGUGUUUCAUAAACUCUCCUCAUAACCUCAUAAUCUAUCUGAGGACCAGAGCUGAAGUGUAAGAUAAUUUGUUGGCUGAAGGAAAAUCAUUUUGAUAAUCCAGUAAUGGCUCUGUCAUUUUUUUUUUUUUUUUUUGAGCAGAAAUGUCAAACAUGGUUCUGUCUUUUUUAAAGUUAGCAUUUGCUCCAUUCAGUCUGUGGGUGUGGAAUGAAGAAGUGAUUUAAAGAGAUCACUUCGGGUUCUGGGAACUUUUGAUCAUUUUUAGUCUUGUUGCAUUCAAUUUCAGCAAAUGAACAAGAUCAGAACUAAUCUACAGUCGCUUUUGGAGGUUCCCCGCUGCUGCGUUAAUCCAGCAAAACUCCGGUUCCAAACUCGGUUUAAUGGAGGUGAAAAAACCACAAACUUUAACAGGCUGAUAAAUGUUGAACAUCUGUUAUCUGAUGGUGAUGGGUUAAAUUGGUUCAGUUCAUGCUUUUAAACAGCUUGUGGUUUGCACAGAGGUGUGUGUGAUGUAUGGAUGCAGAGCUGUUACAGAGGGGGAGGAGAAAGACCAGAUCAUCCCAGAUCCUCUUAAACUUUCCUGGUCCCUCUCCUCCUUCAGAUCCAUCAGUCCAACAGUUGAGAGGGACAGAGACCACCAGCCUAGAGACAGAAAUGGCAGCUGCUCUGUCCUGGUCUCUGAUACCUGUCCACUCUGACCCUCCUCCUCCUCCUUCUCUGUUCUCAGUCUCUGAGCUCUGACUGCUGUUCAUGCGAAAGUGCCGAGGAGAUUUUUACAGACAGACUUGAAGAGGGCCAGGUCAUGAGUGUGCGUGUGUCUGUGAGCGUGUGUGCGUGCGUGAGUGAGUGAGUGAGUCUCAGUUGUACAUAAAGAGAAGUGCUCUGUAUUGUUGCGUUUCUCUGUUCGUGGCGCUCUCUGUAAUGAUUCUGUCUUUGUUUUAGCCAAAAGCAUGACGCUCAUGGUGACUCAAAGAAAAAACUUUCUGUUCAUUUUCUCUUUUUCUUUCUUUUACAGAAUGUCGGAUUACAAACUGUACAAAGUUAAAAUAAUAAAGUGAUGGGUUGAAUAUUAAAAUCAGCCUCAGCUGUGUUUGGGACAUGUUUGUGGUUUAAUGUCAGACCGUCGAUGUGAAAGAAAGAAAGAAGAACUUCAUUGAUCCCCGAAAGGAAAUUCAAUUGUCUGUCGUCUCAUUUGUCAUGUCAAUUUGAAAGUCAUCUACUAUUUACAGAAUAAUUAUAAAGUCUGAUGGCUGUGGGUACAAAAGAUCUUCUAAAUCUUUCUGUCCUGCAGCGAAGUGAGAGGAACCGUCUACCACCAUUGGCCCUUUGGUCCAUCAAGGUGUUGUGAAGUGGGUGAUCCAUGUUCUUUAGAAUAGCCUCCACCUUCCUCAGUGUAGAUCUCUCCACCACUUCCUCCACUGAGUCCAGCUUGAGUCCAACCACAGAGCCAGCCUUUUUCACCAGUUUGUAAUGACGUCUUGCAUGUUUGUGUUUGAUGCUUCCUCCCCAGCAGACUGCAGCGUAGAACAGAACACUGUAGACACCACAGACUGAUAAAACAUCUGCAGCGUCUUACUACAGAUGUCUACUGAUCGGAGUCUUCUCAGGCAAAAGAGGCGGCUCUGCCCCUUUCUGUAGAUGAAGUCUAUAUUCUUAGACCAGUCCAACUUACUAUCCAGAUGUAGACCUAGGUAUUUAUAUGAUGUCACGACUUCAAUGUCCACUCCACAGGUGUUCUCUGGCUGAAGAGGGGGUUUGGAUCUACAGAAGUCUAUGACCAUCUCCUUUGUCUUUGAGGUGAUGAGGAGGAGGCAGUUUUUGUGACUCCAGUCACUGAAGGCUCUUAUUAGAUCUCUGUAUUCAGCUUCUUGUCCAUUUCUGAUACAUGCCACAAUAGCAAUGUCAUCUGAGUAUUUCUGGAUGUGGCAGGACUCAGUGCUGUAUUUGAAGUCUGACGUGUACAGUGUGAACAGGAAUGGCGCCAGCACUGUCCCUUGUACUCCUCAUUAAUGUCCCAGAAACACAGUUCUCCAACCUGACAAACUGUGGCCUUCCUGUCAGGUAAUCUACGAUCCAGGAAACACAGGAAGGAUCCACUCCCAUCUCUGUGAGCUUGUCUUUGAAAUGUCUAAAUAACCCUGAUAAUAUCGUCAGGCCCCAAACAAAGAUCAUAUGAAAACUUAAUCUUGAAGUGAAAGAGAUCACCUUUACAGAGUUGAGAAACAAGUUGAUAGAAAACUUUUUGUGAUGUUGUUUGUAAUGAUUAAAAAACAUCAAUAUCAAA